AUGUCUAUGAAAAUUCCACCUGCAAAGGAUCUAACUUUUGGAGGCAAAACAGUUUUGUUAGGUGGUGAUUUUAGGCAGAUCCUACCAGUAAUUCCACAAGGUAGUAGAGCUGAUACUGUCUUAGUUUCGAUAAGUCAUUCAUAUCUAUGGAAUAGCUGCCACAAGUUCUCUUUAAAAGCAAAUAUGCGAGUCAAUCAGGAUGAGAAAGAGUUCUCUGAGUGGCUUCUCAAAGUCGGGGAAGGUCGUCCAGAAUCAGGACAAGAAGAUGAGGAUGAUGCCUACCAUGACCAAAUGGUAAUCGUCGACAACUCAUUGGUCCAAGAGACUAAGGAUGAGUCAUUAAAACAACUUGUCGAUGCCUCGUAUGGUGAUGUCAACAAAAUAAAGGCCUCCCAAAUUUCCUACACUGAUAAAGCUAUACUUACACCCCGAAAUGAUACAGUCGAUGAAAUCAAUGCAUAUACAAUCUCCAAACCGACGGGGAGUCAAGAGACUACUACAGUUACGAUAGCCUUGAGGUUUCGGAAACUCAAUAUAAUCUCAAUUCCAUGGAGUUUCCAGGAUUGCCAUCUCAUAAACUCACUCUCAAAGUUGGGGCCCCGAUUAUGCUUCUGCGAAACAUAA